AUGGCUGCUGAUGUCCAGCCGAUUGCGCAGGUCAAGCUCCCUGCGCGGCUUUCCUCACUUACACCAGAGCAGACGUACUGGCGAUCCUUCAAAUCACCACUCAACCUUACAUCUCCGACCAAGCACGCUGUUACACACAUCUCGCAACCACAGACGACGGUUCUGGGACAGACCACUCCAGAAUUCUUUGUUGUGACCACCGGAGCACGAGUCCAACUUUUCUCCCACAAGACCCGCAAACUCUUAAAGACUAUUACCCGAUUUGACGACGUCGCUUACAGUGGGGAAGCAAGAUAUGACGGACGAGUCCUUGCAGCGGGAGAUGAAACUGGAGCUAUCCAAGUGUUUGAUGUCAAUUCAAGAGCAAUUCUGAAAACCUGGAAGGAGCAGAAACAGCCAGUGCAUACGGUCAGAUGGAGUUCGAAGGAGACAACUGCCCUGAUGAGCUGCGGUGAUGACAGAACUGUCAGGCUUUGGGAUCUACCAAGCGAUGCCAGCGUCCAGACAUUCCAUGGUCAUAUGGACUAUGUUCGGACCGGUGGCUUUCUGCCUGGACAAUCCAGUAACGUUAUGGUGUCGGGCAGCUAUGACCAGACUGUCAGGCUGUGGGAUUCACGCGCCCCCAAGGCCGCUGUCAUGACCUUUAAACAUAUUGCGGCAGUUGAAGACAUCCUGUGCAUGCCAUCGGGCACAGUAAUUCUUGCCUCAGCCGAGAACCAAGUCGCAGUCUUGGACAUCGUGGCAGGCAGACCUCUACAGAUGAUCAAGAACCACCAGAAGACUGUCACUUCAUUAUGUCUUGCCUCGAACGGCUCGAGGGUUGUUAGUGGUGGCUUGGAUGGACAUCUCAAGGUCUUCGAAACGACCGGAUGGAAUGUGGUCGCAGGCUCCAAGUACCCUGCUGGCAUUCUUUCUGUGUCCGUGGUCGCCGCAGGAAACCCUCGAGAAGACAAACAUGUGGUUGUGGGCAUGUCCAGCGGUCAACUCAGCAUUCGAACCCGGUUGUCAGGUGAACAGAAAGUGAAGGAGCGGGAAAGACAAAAGCAGAUGGAUGCGCUGAUUGCCGGCCAAAUUGAAGAAUACGACAAGAAGCAGGCGAAGAAACGACCACGAGGCUUGGAAAAGCGUUUAAGAGGACGAGACUACACUGGUGAAGACGCUGACAUUAUCGUGGAAGGCAACGUUCGACCAAAACAGAAGAUGUUUAAUCCGUGGGAAAGAGAGUUGCACAAGGGCAGAUAUCGAGAGGCUCUUGAUGUUGCUUUGCGGGGCUCAGAUACGCUUACCAUGGUCACCCUGCUCAACACUCUCCGCUAUCGAUCUGCCUUGCGUGCAGCCCUGGAAGACCGCACUGAGUCUGAUCUGCAACCCAUCAUUCAAUGGAUCUGGAAAAACAUCAGUAACACAGCCUUCGUCUCCUUGUGUGUGGAGAUAUCCAUGAAUAUAAUGGACCUCUACUCAAAACACUUGUUCGAGAGCGACACACUUGCGAAGCAAGUCAAAAGGCUGCGUGAGCGUGUUCACGAAGAAACCAGUCGGGCACAAGAGGCGGCAAUGGCAACGGGGAUGCUAGAGCUUUUGACUUCUCAAGCACCUGGUUGA